AUGUCUCCGAGCGGCCGUCGGUUCUUGUGCCUGAUCGGGACCGCCUGCCUGGGGCUGCCCUUGCUGGUGCGCGCGCAGGUGGUUGCUGACGACACGUAUUUAAACGAGGUGCAGAACUCAGUGCCUCUGUCCUGCUCCGAGGGUUUCACCGAGCUGGGCUACUACAAUGGCACAGUGUCCCAGACAGACUCCGGCGCCCCUUGCCUCAAGUGGACCGAGUUUCCGGACUAUGUGGUGCAGUACCCGGGGCGCGGGCUGGGCGAGCACAACUUCUGCAGGAACCCGGACCGCGAGUCCAACCCGUGGUGCUUUUUCCGGCAAAACUCUGGUGCCAUUGGUUGGGCCUACUGCGACUGUCAUCAAGGUGCCGCUCGACUGGUUGGCGGCUCCUCGUCCAACAGUGGGCAUGUUGAAGUCUACCUGAACGGCCAAUGGGGGGCGGUGUGCGACUCUCACUGGACUGACCGGGAUGCCAGUGUGGUCUGCAGGCAGAUGGGCCUCAGCGACAUCGGCACGGCAAUGCGACACUCCCAACUCGCCUCGGGGUCUGGCCUCUUCCAUUUUGAGCGUCUGGGUUGCCGUGGCGACGAGAAGAGCCUGAGCGGCUGCAGGAGCAGGACGUUCGUCACGGGGGAUUGUAACCAUGGAAAUGAGGCUGAAGUCCUGUGUGCUCCUCCUGAAGGUAGCGGACCCCCGCUACGACUGGUCGGAGGGGAGGAAGACUUUGAAGGCCGGGUGGAGGUCUUCCACGCAGGAAGGUGGGGCUCUGUAUGCGAUGACCAAUGGGACGACAGAGAUGCAGAGGUGGUCUGCAGGCAGCUGGGCUUCAGUGGGGUGGCCAAGGCAUGGUCGUGGGCUCACUUCGGUCAGGGUUCCGGUCCCAUCCUGCUGGACGCCGUCAAGUGUACGGGAAACGAACUGUUCUUGGACCAGUGCCCACACGGACACUGGGAACAGCACAACUGCGAUCACAUGGAGGACGCCGGUGUCUCCUGCAGCCCUUACACAGACGGCGUGGUGCGUCUGGUGGCAGGCGACAGCCCCUGGGAGGGCCGAGUAGAAGUGCUCCACAAUGGCGACUGGGGGACGGUGUGUGAUGACCGCUGGACACAGCAGCAUGCCCAGGUGGUGUGUGGACAGCUGGGAUACAGGGGGCACGCCGAAGUUGUGUCAGACGGGAUGUUCGGCGAGGGCGUCGGUUUGAUUCUGCUGGACGAUGUCCACUGCGAUGGCUCUGAGGCGUCCCUGCUGGACUGCCGCCACGGCAUCUGGGGGCGCACAGAUUGCUCCCACGCAGAGGACGUCGGCGUGCGUUGCAGAGGGCGCCCUGAAGAAGAGACUAACCAAGUGCCUGUCGUGGCGCCGGCCACAGGCCCGCUGCUGCGUCUCGCUGGAGGCUUCAGCAGGAAUGAGGGGCGCGUGGAGGUCUACCUCUACGGAGACUGGGGGACGAUCUGUGACGUGGGGUGGAACGACCUCAACGCUGCCGUGGUGUGCAGGCAGCUAGGACACAGGGGUGGAGCGCUGGCGGCCGGGGGCUUUGGGCAGGGCAAAGGCCCGGUCCACCUGGACCAAGUGAGGUGCACCGGAAAGGAAGAGUUCUUGGGCGAGUGUCCAUCGCUGGGCCUGAAUGACCACGGGUGCAGGCGUGGGCAAGUGGCCGGGGUCAAGUGUGAGGUCUCAGCUACCUCGACGCAUUACGCGACAGAUACAGUUCGUCACGAAGAGGCCACCUGCGGGGUGAGGAAGCUCCACGAGGAGGGUGACAAGACCAAGGGCCAUGAAGGAGCUGGUAACAAGCUCAGGACCGCUUGGCCUUGGCAAGCAUCCGUAUGGCUUCAGUCCCAAAGUCAAGAUGGCGGGCCUCUCUGCAGUGCCACUCUAAUUGCUUCCUGCUGGGCACUCACAUCUGCCACCUGUUUUGCCAGGUAUGGAACAGAGCCUUCCAGAUAUGUCGUGCGAGUUGGGGCUUCAGAGCGGACCCUGAGCCCAGAGCGUGUGGUGGUCCACAAGAAGUUCAAAGGUCAAAGCGGAGGUCAUGAUAUAGCUUUGGUCAAGCUACCAGGCGCCCAGAAGGGUCACUGCUUCACCUUUGACCCCCACGUCAACGCUGCUUGCCUGCCUGACGACGACCACCACAGCAGCAUGCCGGCGGCCUGCGUCGUCAUGGUGACCACGCGCUGGAGCGCACCGGACUCUGUCCUGGCGUCGUGGGUUCCCGUCAUGUCUUCGUGGCAAUGCAAGAAACGUCACGGCGACAGCUUCUCCAGCCACGGCACCGUUUGCGCCGGAAGCCCCCCAGACACCAGCGCCGAUUGUCGCGGCAACUCUGGCGGAGGCCUACUUUGUCAGGGCGAAGAUGGCCAGUGGGCGCUAGCAGGAGUGGUGGCCGGAAUCUAUGGCUGUGCAGACCCCUCCUCACCGGCACUAUACACCCGUGUCAGCCGCUUCCGUAGCUGGAUCGACGACGUCACCCGGGCAGAUUCCCAAAAUGGCCGACGAGCAGAGGAAACAAAUGACAUCGGACAACACGCGCACAUAAAGCACACGCAGGUGGCGGUUUGA